AUGGAGGUUAACACAGCACCACCUGCCUACGCGCAGGAUAAGAUUGCCGAGCGGAAGGAUCUGCCUCAAUUUGAUGAGGAGGGUCUGAAGACUGGCGAGGUCCACGAUGCCUUUGGUAACGAGGAGUACGCUGAAAUCAAGUAUAAAACCUUGAAGUGGUGGCAAUGUGGCUUGCUCAUGAUCUGUGAAUCGGUCUCACUGGGUGUCCUGUCACUGCCCUCAGCUGUCGCUACUCUGGGUCUCGUGCCCGGUAUCAUCCUCAUUGUCGGCCUGGGUAUUCUUGCAACAUACACUGGCUACAACAUCGGUCUUUUCCGUGAACGCUACCCUCACAUCCAGAACCUGGGCGAUGCCGGUGAGAUCUUGCUGGGCAAGUUCGGCCGUGAGCUCUUCGGUAUUGGACAGUUCAUCUUCUGUAUCUUCGUUAUGGGCAGUCACAUCUUGACCUUCCGUGUCAUGAUGAACACCCUCACCAACCACGGUACCUGCUCCAUUGUGUUCAGUGUCGUUGGUAUGGUUAUCUCCCUCGUCUUGUCCAUUCCCCGUACCAUGAAGGGCAUGACUUGGAUCUCCUUUGCAUCAUUCGUCAGCAUUUUCGCCGCUGUCAUGAUCACCAUGAUUUCUGUGGGUGUGCAAGAGCAAGCCGACCAUGUCAUCCAGGCCACUGUCGAGAACAACUUGUACACUGCCUUCCAGGCUGUUUCAAACAUCGUCUUCGCUUACUGCGCCCACGUCGCUUUCUUCGGUCUGAUCGCCGAGAUGGAGACACCCCAAGAUUUCAAGAAGUCCCUUUUCAUGCUCCAGGGCUUCGAGAUUUCUCUCUACUUGACUGCCGCCGUCGUCAUCUACUACUACGUCGGAACUGAUGUGCGGUCCCCUGCCCUUACCUCCGCAGGACCCCUGAUGAGCAAAAUCGCCUACGGCAUUGCCAUCCCCACCAUUGUCGGCGCCGGUGUCGUCAACGGUCACAUCGGCUUGAAGUACAUCUACUUCCGCCUCGGCGCCAAGUCUGGUCUGAUGCACCAGAGCAACAAGCGCUCCAUCGGUCUCUGGAUUGGUCUUGGUGUUAUUUGCUGGGUCGUCGCCUGGGUCAUUUCCGAGGCCAUUCCCGUGUUCAGCAACCUGAACAGUUUGAUCAGUGCCCUUUUUGCCUCCUGGUUCAGCUACGGUCUCUCGGGUAUCUACUGGCUGCACCUCAACCACGGCCAAUGGUUCGCCUCUCCCCGCAAGAUCUUCCUCACUAUCAUCAACGUCUGCAUCGCUAUAUUUGGCUUGGUGCUUUGCGUUCUUGGACUUUAUGCCUCUGGCACAGCCAUCCACAAUGAUUCUGGCAGCAGCAGUUUCACCUGCGCCAGCAAUGAUGCCUAG